UGUACAACACAGAAUGGGCCAUCAGUCUGUGGACCCUUUAAUACCUGUCUACAGGAUAUCUCACCCUGUGCCUGUCCAAUCUAGGCAAAGGCUGAACAUACUGCCAAAUGGGAGCCACACCAUGACAUGGACCUCUUCUGUACAAUAUGACACGGAUCUCCUCUGUACAAAAUGCCAUGGACCUCCUCUGUACAAUAUGCCAUGGACCCCUCUGUACAAUAUCACAUGGACCUCCUCUGUACAGUAUGCCAUGAACCUCCUUUGUACAAUACGCCAUGGACCUCCUCUGUACAUAUAACAGGGAUCUCCGCUGUACAGUAUG